GCCUGGGUGAGUCCGUGUUUGCUGCUGAAAGCGGCAGCCUCCCCGCUGCUUGUCCGGGUGUAAUCUACCGUUAUCCUGCCGUGGAGGUCAGUCAGGUCGCGGCGUGCGACAGAGACAGUCUCUCCGAGGAAUUUAAAGUGAAUCCCACAUGCCGUUUGUUUGGUGUGGCACAACUGACAAUCAAAGACAUGGAGGGCUAUGAAGAGCAGCUCCAGAGCGACACCCAGUUUCUGUGCUCUAGCCAGAGGAUGGACACUGAACUGGUUGACAGUCUGGUGCUGCAACUCAACAGGAUCUACCCCCAGAUACUCAGUGACAAGGAAGCCUGCAAGUUCAGAAGCCUGAGAGUCCCCACAACGGAGCGGCUACGUGAGCUGCUGCAGCACCUGCGUGAGAAAGGAGACGAUGCAUGCUACGAGUUCUACAGAGCACUCCACAUCCAAGCGGAGGAUGUUUACUUCAGUCUGCCCACUAGAAUUAGGCAAAGAGAGAUGACUGAGUCAAGAAGUGCAAUCAAUGUGGCUGUCAUCCCAGAGCGAUGUGUGCUUAACGACAGAGGAUCAAUUUUCUUUCUGAGCUGUUUUAGCGUUGCGGUUGGCAUUGCAUUUUUCUAUUAUUACGGAGAGGGUCAGAGAGUCAGAUGCACGGAAGCAUUCCUUCACUGCUCUGCGGUGAGACUUAGUAAAGAUGCCAAGGACGUGUUCGUUUCCUAUGUGGAGGUCGGGAAAUAACAAGACUGAAAUAUUUCAGAAGAACAAGCUGUGCUACUUUACUCUACUGUGCCAAAUCAGUUUUACAUCUCCCUCUGUAGAGAACUCUUGCGUCGUUUCUGCAUGUAUUUGUAUUUAUUUAUUUUUUUUAAAUGCCUUGGUCUUAUCACAGGCAUCUUUGUUCUGCUCAUUGUCUAUGUCCAGUGAUAUGGUGCUGCUAUUGUCCUAGUGUGGAAAACUUUUUCAGGGAGAAACCCAGUAAUUUACUUGAGACGUAACAAUAAGCCAAUAUUACCUUUGACUUGAUCAGAUAUCAGCGUGAUAAGUACCUGAGAAAAAGAAGCCUGUUUAUUAAAACCAUCAAGUCUACGAACUUUCACAAUUUCCUGGAUCGCAUCAACCAACAGCAUGUACCUUGAUCAUUUUUAUAUUUUAUUUUACUAAAAGGUUGGGGACAUGUCAUUCAAAACUACUACUAGCCUGCAGCACAUCUAUAGUUUAUUUGUUAUUGUCCCAGGAUCAGAACAGAUUCAGCACGUCAGACGCCAAAGAAAAUCAGAAAGAUAUUGGCCAGGACAUGCAUGAUCGCUGCAUCUCUAGAUCUUACAAAAUACUUUUAGAUUUCUUUGUGCGCACCUAUAAAAUCCCAUUCUUUAGGUUAAACAUAGCAUAACCAUAUCAACAUACAGCUGCACAUCUUCAAAACUGUUUUCGGUUCUUCUCAUUCAAUAGUGCCAAACUCCAGUGCUUGUGAAAGGCUCUGCAACUUCAAGAUUUUUCCUUCCAGAUGUUAUUUUCCAGUCUUAAAAGUGGAAGACACCCAUCAACCUCAUUGGGCAGGAGUUUGACAGCCAUGCUGUAAUUUGUUUCAUUUAGACUCAGACUACCAGAUUGUUUGGUUGAUUGUCCGUUUUCUUGAAUGCACAAUAUCUGGCCUGUUAAUAGUAGUGCCUUUUAAUGACGUUGGAACAUGCUUAAAAUUAGGAAAUAAAAUAAAAAGAAGCAAAAACCAUU